UUUUUUUUUCGCUCGCCAAAGAGCUACGUACAUGCGAUCGUCGACUGCCAGGUUUUGUUGCGUGCUUGACUUGCGUCCCACACCACCUCCAACCACCCACCCCGGCCCGCUGCUCGUGGCGAACUCCAGCUUCCUCUUCGUCGCCCUCUACACAUUCGUCUCCUGCUGUCCCUACGCGCUCCUUCGUCGUGCCUUGUUCUCGUAAAGCAUUGACAAAGCGCGUCUCAUAUGAAUUGCUUGCGCCGAUCCCAGCGGCCACCAUCUUCGAACCACCAUGAGCAUCUGGCCCUUCGCAAAUCGGGCGACAGCUAAACCCAAAAGAAGUGCGCCACCGCCGGCAGCGUCGCAGCCCGGCAAGCCCAACGUCAGCGAGGAAAACCCUGCCGAAGGUGGCGUUAUAUCAAGUCCAAAGAGACGCACGUCGCGACUGCAAAAGACUCCGUCUCCCACUCCACGGCGAGGUCGCGUACAAUCCGAUGCGACGCCUCCUGCUCUGGCGAAGGAAGCUCAGCACACCUCACCACGAGCGGCCGCACCUCCGCUCGACCCUAUCGCGCUCGCUUCUCCCAUGGAUGUCGAUUUCUCUGCUGCUCGCAGGCCGCGUGCCUCCACAGGCGGCAGCGCAGGCGAGGAAAAAGGCAUCACCGCUCUGCCAGGUAGCAAGACCCUGCGAACGAGCCCUCAUCUGCGCCCGGUGACACAAGACACGGCAGACAUACCUUAUAAUUGGAACCUGCGCUCGGGCUCGCAUCACAGCUUGCCGUCGAAUCAGAACCCACAGCGCCGUGGCAAAUUGCAGCGCAACCCGAGCCGUAACAAACGCUCCGCGCAGCAUGAGAGCCCUCUUGCGCGACGGCGGAGCAGUAAGAAACGGAGGAAUGAUCCUUUGCGGGAAGAGGAGAUUCGGGCCAUGAGUGCACCAAUCGACGUUCCGAAGAGGGGAACGGACAACGGCAUCAUGAACCGCGAAGACCGGAAGAGCCGUGGACACUUGAAUCGAAACCUUGAAAGGCCGACUUCGACGGUCUCGCUGCCGUUUGAGGAGUCUAUACACUCGUCCAUGUCCGGUGAAGCUGAGCAACGAAACUACAGAUUGAGCGUGCUGGACGUCAUGUCGCCCCGUCCCACAAUCCGGUUCAGAGACAUGUCGAAAACGUACGCGACCGAUUCGCCGUCAUCGAAACUACUGCGUCAGACUAGUCGAAGUGAUCGCCCGUCUGGCAAAGCCGUGCAGGUACGGCCAAAUACAGAUGAGACGAGGCGGGAGAGAAUUGACUCUUUGGCUGAUGAGAUGGAUUCUACCGAGCUUCGCGAUAUACUUGAAAGAGACCGCAAAAGAAAGGAAAGGAAGAGGGAGCGUGAAGCUGAGCGUCUGAAGCGGAAGUUGGAGAAACGAGCGGAGGAGCAGAGGACGAAGGAAUGGCUUGCUCAACAAGCAGAAGCAGUGGAGGCCUCUAACGCACGUGCUCGUCCAGCUCCAGAUGCCUUGGAUGCUGCGGAAACCGUUCAUGAGGAGCAGAAGAACACCUAUGUGGCGGAAGAGGCUGACUUCCGUAUGGAGGAUCUGGAGACUACAGAGACGCCAGCCGUCUCCCACGACCUGGAGAAGCCUCCAAUUCCUCUCGAAGACAUUCAUCCCGCCUUCCGACACCAGUAUCAAGGUGCACAAAAGGUGCCCUCAAUUGUCGGAAAAGAAUCCAUGGCAACUUUGCAGCAACCAGAGACGCCCUUAUCGAAAGUGGAGACAUCGACGGAGAUACCAGCCCUCGACACCGCUCGAACCGGUUCGUACACCACAACACGACCCAUCACCCCACUUACACCCGUGACAUCCACAGUGUACCAUGGAGAUCGUGUAAAAGCUUCAAAGAUACUUGGUACCGAUGUCGCCGGAGGCAGCUACACGGUAUCAAACACCGCGCUCGACGAAGCGUCGCGGCCAAAAGAUGCCUCGCCCAACAAGCCGACCAUCAUAACACGACUAGACGAAGCAGAAAGAAAUGAAUCAGAAACACCUCUGUCCACAUCUAAGAAGAGAAACGGUUUCUUUGCAUCCCUUUUCAGAGGAGGUCGCAGGACCGUUAGUGAGGCGCCACGUGAUGCGCCUACGCCUGAGACCUCAUUUUCAAGCACAUCAAGAGAGGAGAUGUCACGUAACAUACCGGCUCAUCUCGUCCAUGAACCGUCAAAUUCCACGUCCUUUAAGAAGAGCGGGCUUCCGCUUCGGACGACAUCCAUCUUUCGCGAAGAUCUACCGGAAUCGCUACUUGCACCUUCGGAGUCUCGCGGACAUGCACCGACUGAUAUUUCGACAUCCCGGAGAGGCAUGGGCGCUCGCCGGGCCCAUAUACCUUCAGCAAUCAUGAGUGAAGGCUCAUUGCGCAUCGAUAGCCUGGACGAUGAAGUGAUGAGAACGCCAACAUCCCCUCCUCUGGGCAACACUUCGAGACUACUAUCGCAGUCGCUUGCGUCUGUAGAUUCGGAAGGCUCGUGGCUGUCAGGAAAGUCUCCACGCUCAACGUCCCGCGCACAAAAACACACCAGUUAUGGCGGCAGCUCCCUUGGUCGGAGAGAAGAAUACCAAGGGUCAUUUGAGGAGCUCGGCAUGCCCGAGGACGAGUACUUCCGGCGCUUGAAUGCACCAGUACGCAGCAGCGAACCGCGAACAUCCAAUUUAUCCGUUGCCAUUGCAAAUUCGCAGCACGCAAGCAGUGCCGCUCUUCGCAACCCCAACGUCGACACGGAGACCAACUUGAGUGGAAGCACAGCUCCUUUGGUAGAAGAGGGCCAGAUAAUUCCCCACGCUGGCGCAAGCCGUCAACCGGUUGUUGUACACGGUGACGCUCGUUACAAAUCCUCCGAAGGACUACUCAAUGACUACCUCUCAUCGUCACCGCUGCAGAGCAGAGAAGCAGGUACAGAGGACAACAAGAACAAUAACAAAAUGCCCGAUGCGGAAUAUCCUACCCCUGCAGAGACCCCAACCGAAGGGAGGAGCAGCGAAGACACGAUGCCGAUUCAGCGCGCAACAAGCGUGAAUUUGGGCAAAGGACAUGCACGCAACUUGAGCGCAGGGAGUGCCAAACUGCUAGAAAUCACGCGUAGAGGUAGCGCAUCGUUAAGCGCGACACCGAAUCCGCCAGCGACGCCCCAGAUGGCUCAGUUCAGCUUGCAUAAGGAAGGAAGCGGCGCCCCGACCGCCAACGAUCCCUAGCCGUUGCGCCUGCCAAACUAGGGCAGCCACUGAGGACCAAAGGAGCAGAUGGCACCUGCCAAGACGGAGGAGGAGAAGCCUGGGAAGGAACAAUCGAAGCAUGCCAGACUCAUUUUGCCACACUCACUCGUCUGAUCAUUUCCUUUGUCACCAGCUUGGACCAUCAAACGGGACUCAAAAACGAAGAGGUUGGGAAAAAUAAAAAGAAAGAAAGAAAGAAAGAAACCUGGUGAGCUAAAUGCUCGCCGACCGACGACACCGAUAACCACGCCUUAUUCCUCGGUACGACCUCAUCAACCACGCUCGCUUGACCCAUUUCAUUACCGCUUUUAGACAAACGACUAAACCGCAACCAAUAAAACAAAUCCCGAGUCUGGCAUCAUAGAUCUUCCAACCAGCGCAAUCCUAACCUCUUCUAUACGGCUGGUGUUCUACUCACCUCAUCGGCCACGCCCGGAAGCGAUUUCUAUCCCUUGAUUCCAUGAAAUGGCUGUACUUGUGCCUAUAUCAGGCAAACUCUUAGAAACUUAGUAUAUUUGUAAUCUUUUUCUUUUCUAGCGUGUACUUGUGGAUAUAGGCAUUCCCUUCUAGUCCCUUGUAUUUGUAAUGUGAAAAGGGCAAGAAAGGGGGCGUCGGUCACAAGUACGUAUUUCACGGACUUGUUGUGUGUCGAGUCAAUGUGUGCGUAUUUCAAAAUCGUUCUUUAGAGAUACCCCAUGUAGGAAGGAGAUCAGACUAUUUACAGCGUGGGAUGCGCGCUGUGUCAACCAAAAUUUGAACAAUGCACACAAAGGCGGCGUACGUCCGAGGAUUGCAAUAUCAAAGUCUCUUGUGACA